AUGGCAGACAGCGAGGACGCCCCGCGCGAUGCCGGGGAGGGCGCGGGGGAGGACGGCUCCCUCCAGAACGAAUCCUUCCCGCUCUCCUCUCUGGCCAACCUGUUCGAGAGCGAGGACACCCCGAGCCCCGCCGAGGCAGCCCGGGGUCCCCCCGGCGCCGGCGAUGGAAAGCAAAACCUCCGCAUGAAAUUCCACGGGGCCUUUCGGAAAGGCGCCCCGAAGCCCAUGGAGCUGCUGGAGGCCACCAUCUACGAGUCCCCCGUGGUCCCCGCGCCCAAGAAAGCCCCCAUGGACUCCCUGUUCGACUACGGCACCUACCGCCACCACCCCAGCGAGAACAAGCGCUGGCGCAGGAGGGUCGCGGAGAAGCAGCCGCCCGCCGCAAAGGGGCCGGCUCCCGAGCCGCCCCCCGUCCUCAAGGUCUUCAACAGACCCAUCCUCUUCGACAUCGUGUCCCGGGGGUCCCCGGCCGGCCUGGACGGGCUCCUCUCCUUCCUGCUCACCCACAAGAAGCGCCUGACAGACGAGGAGUUCCGAGAGCCCUCCACGGGAAAGACCUGCCUGCCCAAAGCCCUGCUCAACCUGAGCGGGGGCAAGAACGACACCAUCCCGGUGCUGCUGGACAUCGCCGAGAAGACGGGAAACAUGCGGGAGUUCAUCAACUCACCCUUCAGGGACGUCUACUACCGAGGUCAGACAGCCCUGCACAUCGCCAUCGAGCGCCGCUGCAAGCACUACGUGGAGCUGCUGGUGGAGAAGGGAGCAGACGUCCAUGCCCAGGCCCGCGGUCGCUUCUUCCAGCCCAAGGGCGAGGGCGGCUACUUCUACUUCGGUGAGCUGCCCCUGUCGCUGGCUGCCUGCACCAACCAGCCGCACAUCGUGCACUACCUGACGGAGAACGGGCACAAGCAGGCGGACCUGCGGCGCCAGGACUCCCGCGGCAACACCGUGCUGCACGCCCUGGUGGCCAUCGCCGACAACACCCGCGAGAACACCAAGUUUGUCACCAAGAUGUACGACCUGCUCCUCGUCAAGUGCGCCAAGCUCUUCCCCGACACCAACCUGGAGGCUCUGCUCAACAACGACGGCCUCUCCCCGCUCAUGAUGGCGGCCAAGACCGGCAAGAUCGGGAUCUUCCAGCACAUCAUCCGGAGGGAGAUCACGGAUGAGGACGCCCGGCACCUCUCCAGGAAGUUCAAGGACUGGGCCUAUGGCCCCGUCUACUCCUCCCUGUACGACCUCUCCUCUCUGGACACCUGUGGGGAGGAGGUGUCCGUGCUGGAGAUCCUCGUCUACAACAGCAAGAUCGAGAACCGCCACGAGAUGCUGGCUGUGGAGCCCAUCAACGAGCUGCUGAGGGACAAGUGGCGCAAGUUUGGGGCUGUCUCCUUCUACAUCAGCGUGGUCUCCUACCUCAGCGCCAUGAUCAUCUUCACCCUCGUCGCCUACUACCGCCCCAUGGAAGGCCCUCCGCCCUACCCCUACACCAGCACCGCCGACUACCUGCGCCUGGCCGGGGAGAUCAUCACCCUCCUCACUGGAAUCCUCUUCUUCUGCACAAAUAUUAAAGACCUGUUCAUGAAGAAGUGCCCAGGUGUGAACUCCUUCUUCAUAGAUGGCUCCUUCCAGCUGCUCUACUUCAUCUACUCGGUGCUGGUGAUUGUCACGGCGGGGCUGUACCUGGGUGGCAUCGAGGCCUACCUGGCUGUCAUGGUCUUUGCCCUGGUCCUGGGCUGGAUGAACGCCCUGUACUUCACCCGUGGGCUCAAGCUGACAGGGACCUACAGCAUCAUGAUCCAGAAGAUCCUCUUCAAAGACUUGUUCCGCUUCCUCCUGGUCUACCUGCUCUUCAUGAUUGGCUAUGCAUCAGCCCUGGUGUCCCUCCUCAACCCGUGUCCCAGCAGUGAGUCCUGCAGCGAGAAGUCCAACUGCACAGUGCCCACCUACCCGUCCUGCCGGGACAGCCAGACCUUCAGCACCUUCCUGCUCGACCUCUUCAAGCUCACCAUCGGCAUGGGCGACCUGGAGAUGCUCGAGAGCGCCAAAUACCCCGGCGUCUUCAUCAUCCUCCUCGUCACCUACAUCAUCCUCACCUUCGUGCUCCUCCUCAACAUGCUCAUCGCCCUCAUGGGCGAGACCGUGGGCCAAGUCUCCAAGGAGAGCAAGCACAUCUGGAAGCUGCAGUGGGCCACCACCAUCCUGGACAUCGAGCGCUCCUUCCCGGUGUUCCUGAGGAAAGCUUUCCGCUCGGGGGAGAUGGUCACUGUGGGGAAGGGCACGGACGGGACCCCCGACCGCCGCUGGUGCUUCAGGGUGGACGAGGUGAACUGGUCCCACUGGAACCAGAACCUGGGCAUCAUCAGUGAGGAUCCGGGCAAGAGCGACACAUACCAGUACUACGGCUUCUCCCACACCAUGGGCCGGCUGCGAAGAGAUCGGUGGUCGACAGUGGUGCCACGCGUGGUGGAGCUGAACAAGAGCUGCCCUCCGGAGGAGGUGGUGGUGCCCCUGGGGAACAUGGGCACGGCGGAGCCGCGGGAGCGGCGGCACGGCCCAGCCCCGAGCUCCCCGCUCUAGCACGGCA